AUCAUCACACAGGAGAGGUGGAAAUGGAAGGUUCAUCUCUUAGCCCACCACUUACAGCUUUCUUCAUUCUCUUUUUUCAAUUCUCUGCGUGCAUGAGCUCAUCUUCAGCUGCACACACCAACACGGACUACAUAAAAACAUCAUGCCUUGCCACAACAUAUCCUCAUCUCUGCUACGACUCCCUUUCAAUUUAUGCCAACAAAAUCCAAACCAGCCCCAAACGGCUAGCCACCACUGCCCUCUCCGUGGCCAGUUCUUCAGCUAGAUCAACGUUGGUAUCGAUGAAACAGCUGUCAAAAACCCAUGGCUUGAAACCCAGAGAGGCUAGUGCCAUGAUAGACUGUGUCGAGGAGGUGGCAGACUCAGUUGAUGAGCUUCACAAGUCCAUAGAGGAGAUGGGUCAUGCUGGAGGGCCCGAUUUUGAGUUUCGAAUGAGUAAUAUUCAGACAUGGGUGAGUGCAGCCUUAACAGAUGAGGAAACCUGCACGGAUGGGUUUGCUGGGAGAGCCAUGAAUGGGAACCUCAAAAAAACUGUACAGAGACACAUCAACAAGGUUGCACGUUUGACUAGCAAUGCCCUGGCUCUUGUCAACAAGUAUGCCUCCACCCACACCCCUACAUCACCAUGACGUUUGACCUCUCGGUUUGGGACUCAACCUUUUCCAUUAAAAUUUCCUUGAGUGCUAGCUGAUAGCUAAGUUUUUAGAACAGGGGAGUGAAAAAUACCUCAGCAGAUUCACUGUGAAAAUAGUAAUAAUUUUGUAAAAAAGGGCAAAUCGAAGAAAACAUGGGAUUAUGCACCAGGAUGGAUAAGAUUUAGAUGUCAGCAGUUUGUGGGUCUGUAACUAGUAAGCUUGUUCUAGAGCUUGGGUUAGUGAAUUGUGUAGCCUUGAAACACUUGCGAGUAUCAAAUGUUUGUACCAUAUUGAUAUUAAUUAGUAAAGCAGAGCAUAGUUUGUUGUGUGAUGUAA